UAUCUUCAUACCACACAUGUGCCGCGAGUGCAUCUGUGUGUGUGUUCAUGUGUAUCUGUGUAUCUUCUUGUCUGUUUCUGUCGUAUAAAUUGAGCCGCACUUUGUAUUCUUCGUGUUUUUUGCUCAGACGUCGAUGUAAGCGAACGCGUCGCUCGUUUCGGUUUCGGUUCCGUUUCGGUUUCCAAAUAACUUCCAUACCCACUCAAAAGAUACAGAAAUUCUUUGCAAAAACUAUCUGAAAAAUACACAUAUCGAAGAAAAGCCCCCGUUUAACAAUUUUCGAAUGCAUUUUUGGGUUUAUUUUUCAAAGUGAAAAUUCCCCCCUUCCAGUGAGAGUGUUGCUUACAAAUUCUUGAAUCGAAAAUAAAGUUGAAAUAAAAUUGAUAUCUGAAAAUUCUCAAUUGGCUUUGUGCGUGUUUCGGCGCCUGUUUUGUAUCUAUCUGUACACGCGUAUAUACAAAUACAGAAAUAUAGCGUUUAAUUUCGUCUAUUAUGUGUGCAAUUAUUAAAUAAAUAUACAGCCUUCUCCCCCCACGAUAAAAAAAAUUGGUGUGUGAAAAAACAACAACAAAAUUACAGGAAAUAAAGUGCGGGGCAGAGCAGAGGGCCAGAGCCAGAGGCAGCCAUAAAAUUAAACGCGUAAAUUGCGUGGCAAAUUCUGAAUGAAAAAAUAACAGAAGCAGACUCAGACUCAGAGGAACGGAGAAAGAGCCAGAAUCAGAAACAGAAGAAUUAGGCAUAAGCACUGCCAUAUUGCAACUAAGAGCAUCUACGAAAUAAAACUGAUAGACAGAACAAAAACAUUUAUCAACAGAGCAACCAAACUACCUCGAUUGCUGCCUGGCUCCAGCCAAAAGAAAAGAAAACACAGAACAGAGUUGAAGCGAAUGCAGAACCAGAACCAGAACCCCCAGUGAAAGCACAGCUCCAAUGUAGGGGGGAAAAAUGGAACAGCCAAUAACCAGCAGCAGCACCACUUAAAGGACUAAGGACAGGACGAAACGAGUACAGUUUCGCUUACACAGAGCCCUCUCGAAACGCUUCCGCACCGCGCCGCUCCGCUGCGACUCCCACUCAGUCACUCAGACGCACGCGAACGCGAACUGUACCAAACUCCCUCCAGUGGGCAGCAGAUCCCUUGAGGCAUAAUGAAGAGCAACGGGGAUGUGGAGGCGGCAACGCCGCUGCCUGUGGCAGGAUCAAAGGCCAGCAAUGGCCACGGUCAGACUAAUGGCAACGGCAAUGGCUACCAUCAGAACGGAGGAGGCAGACGCGACUCCACGCAGGCCUUUACGCCCCUCCUAGCCCAGCACAAUCAGACAAAUGGCGAGGGGCUGGGCAACACGGCCACACCCGGCCAAACCACGCCCACAGGCAACACCGUGCUGUACGAGAGCACGCCCAGCAACAACAACGAGUGGAAGGCCUCGGAGGACAUCAACAACCUAAAGAACGGCCUCGGGGGCCUGCUGAGCAGCAACAACAAUGGCACCGGCAACGGUCACAGUCUCCGCGAGAAGUACGCCCACGAGCAGGCGCCACUGACGGGAGGCUACAAGCUGCCCGCCCGCUCCAGCGAAUCGGAGGAGUCGGAUGACUUUGGCUCGGACCUCAAUGGGGGCGCCGACGAGGGCUCCAGCUGUGGGCUGUUCGGCUGCCGGCCGCGAUGGGCGCGACGGUUCGCCUCGACGCACGUGUUCAUGGUGGUGUUCCUGCUGGCGUACAUACUGCAGGGCAUGUACAUGACGUACUUUGUGUCGGUGAUCACCACGAUCGAGAAGCUCUUCCAGAUCAAGUCCAAGACCACGGGACUCCUGCUGAGCGCCAGCGAAAUGGGCCAGAUCUGCACGGCCAUGCUGCUCACGUAUUUUGCGGGACGGGGACAUCGUCCGCGGUGGAUUGCCUGCGGCAUGGUGCUCUUCUCGAUUGCAGCCUUUGCCUGUGCCCUGCCGCACUUCAUUUUCGGGGAGCAGCUGAUGCACUCCAGCGUGAUCCUCCAGCAGCAGUCGCUGCCGGUGCAAUCGGAGUCGUCCUCCUCGCUGAUGUGGCACAAUGCCACCCGGGACAUGCUGAAUCCGAAUCUGUGCCAUUUGGGGGGGAAUGGUUCGCUGGCCGGCAGCGAGUGCAACGAGGAGCGGCAGCUGGAGCAGGCCUCCCACUCGAAGAUCACCGUCAUCGUUCUGUGCAUCUUCUUUGGCAGUUUGCUCAGCUCGGGCAUUGGCCAGACGGCAGUGGCCACCCUCGGGAUACCCUACAUCGACGACAAUGUCGGCAGCAAGCAGUCGCCCAUGUACAUGGCCGUCACCAUUGGCAUGCGGAUCCUCGGACCCGCCUCCGGCUUCAUCUUUGGCAGCUUCUGCACGCGCUGGUACGUGAACUUCUCGAAUCCCGGCUUCGAUGCCUCCGAUCCGCGCUGGAUUGGCGCCUGGUGGCUGGGACCCGUGGCCAUUGGCAGCCUCAUGCUGUUGACCUCCAUUGCCAUGUUCUCGUUCCCCAAGCAGCUGCGUGGCAAGCAGCAGACCCAGGCCCAGGCGCUGGCCGCUGCGGCAGCUGCCCCCGAAACGGAGGAGAAGCCCAAGCUCAAGGAUUUCCCCAAGACGGUGCGCCGGCAGCUGAGCAACGAUAUACUGAUGUUCCGCACUGCCUCCUGUGUGUUCCAUCUGCUGCCCAUUGCCGGCCUGUACACGUUCCUGCCCAAGUACCUGGAGACACAGUUCCGGCUGGCCACCUACGAUGCCAACAUGAUUGCCGCCUUCUGCGGCAUCCUCGUCAUGGGCAUUGGCAUUGUCAUCUCCGGUCUGUUUAUCCUGAAGCGCAAGCCCACCGCCCAGGGUGUAGCCGCCUGGAUUGCCUUCACCGCUUUGGUUUACUCCGCUGGCAUGAUCAUCCUGAUGUUCAUUGGCUGCAGCAUGGAUGACUUUGCUGGCUAUAAGUCUAGCAAUGCACACAGUCCCGCUCUGAUCGAGCCCACCUGCAGCGCAGCAAUCAACUGUACCUGUGAUAAGGAGAACUUUGCACCGAUCUGUGCCGAUGGCACGAUGUAUAUAUCGGCCUGCCAUGCCGGCUGCAGCACCUCCUCGCUGCGGCCCAGCGACAAUCGCACUCUCUACUCGGACUGUGCUUGCAUUCCAGAUGCUGCGGAGGCGGUCAACGGUUACUGUGAUAAUAACUGCAAGAACUUCAUCUACUUUAUACUGAUCUUUGCCAUUUGCGUAUUUAUGCAUUCCACCUCCGAGGUGGGCAGCAUGCUGCUCGUCAUGCGCUGUACACAUCCCAAAGAUAAGGCCAUGGCCAUGGGUGUCAUACAGUCGGCCAUUGGCUUAUUCGGGAAUGUUCCUUGUCCGAUCAUCUAUGGCGCUGUGGUCGACUCGGCGUGCCUCAUCUGGAAGUCUGUGUGUGGCAAGCAUGGUGCCUGCUCGCUCUACGAUGCGGAUACUUUCAGGCAUUAUUUCUUAGGAAUCACGGCCGGCAUCAUGUUUCUGGCUUUUCUCAUGGAUCUGGUGGUGUGGCGCAAGGCGCAUCGCAUUGAUAUCGCACCCGAGGACCCACAGGAAGGUGCAGGUGCAGCAACGGCCAAUGGCCGCUCCCUGGAUGUGUCCGAGUCGAAGCAGCCCAUUACCCCGGCGCCGGACACCACUGUCUAGGUCUAAGCGGGCUGAUAUGGGAUGUGAUGUG